UAGUGGUUUCUAGUCUAUUUCUAUUAUACAUUAUUUGCAUAAUCGUAACAAAUAAUUGUGUAAAAAAAAUUCGAAUAAUUUAUAACAACUUUAUUUAAAUUCUUCCUGUCUUUCUUAAAAACGACUAAUUAUACAAAAUAGUUGAAUGUAAAAAUAAAAAAACUAAACAAUAUAAUGGCCCCAUCGAUCGUUGCGUAACUGAAUGCAUGAACGUAAUCGAAAUGCAGAAUAGGGAUGAAUACUAAAGUAGUGACAGAAAAUUCAAAAACUGUGAUAGAUAACACAGGUUAACAAUAUUUAAAAAAGGUAGAAAAUCGUCGUUAUCGAAAUAUAAUUUGAAUCGAAAUUAAUUAUUUUUAUAUUACACUCCUUAUUGCUAAUCUGUCAAUAUUUUACACUAAUGUUCACAUCGUGUAGUGUCAAAGUUGUUCUUGCAAAAUAUGAGAAUUCUAUCUCUAACUAUUGUACUUGUUUUACAUAGGGAUUGAUCUUAAUUUACAUGGGGUAUUUGACCCAAUACUGUUAGCCCGCACAGUUUUGCCUAAAAUAUUCAUACUGUUACUAAAGUGACAUUUUAAAUCGCUAGAAUUCCAUUACAUACCGGAUGAUCGAACCUAGAAUUUAUUUAAAAAUUAUAAAGUUUUCUUAUACACUUUUUACAAAAUAAGAGCGGACCUUAUUUCGGACCUAAAGACAAUUAUGAACCGAUCAUAUUAAAACUUAAUAAAAUAAAUCACAUUCAUAUAAAAGUCGUUGACGUUAAAUUUUAUUGCUAUAAUGAUAUUUUAGGAUUAAUUAUAAUUGUUGUUGUUGUAACGUUCGUUUAAUACAGCUGUCGCUGGGUUGACAAUCUUUGGUCGAGUAUGACUAGGGUCGUUCCGAAGUGUAGAUACAAUUGUCGUGGAAACAAUUAUAAUUAUAAGUUUUAAACCGAUUUGCUUAAGGAGCCUGUUCAUGUCGAUUCAUUUCGACAUUAUUGUUUAUAAGCCAUUUUUAAGUGUUAAAGUGAAUUUUUAGAAGGGAAUUUAUAUGGGCACUAGGGUCGAAAGUGAUCCGAUUUUACAAGUUUAUUCAUAAAAUUUAAAUUUCAUAAUGUCCAUAUUUGACUGAUAGAAAAUAUUAGUUUAUUGUUUUCCUCCCUAUAUAGUUCGAUCCAUAAUUGAUUCGAAAUCCCUGAUGUUAAUAAAUAGUCAUAGUCUUACACUUAUAUACUUCUAAAUAAUACUGCCGAUUCUUGUAAUGAUUGGACCUCAUUCGACCGCCUAACCCCUAUACAAAGUCCCCUUUAGAAAAUCACUUGAAAUUGAAUAAUUUACCUUUAAACAUUAGUAUCACGAUCAAAUUCAGAACAAAUUACUUUAAAGUAAACAGAAAUACCGUGAAACUCCCAAAAAAUCAUCAUCCACCAAUGUCUGUCUCCAACAAGUCUAUCUUUUCAUAUCGAACAUAAUUCAUUAUUUAAUUCAACGCGACAAGAUCAAAUCAAUAAAAUAUGAUAAAUACGAAAAAAUGCAAUAAAUUAUAAAAAAACACAUAAAAUAACCCUUAACUUAAUUAAGUGCAAUUAGUUGUAAUCGUUUAUAAUUAAAAAAAUUUUAUGAAAAUGUGUAAAAUAUUAAAAUAUAACACAAAAAAAUUAUUUGCAUAUUUAUUUGUGUGUAAAAUAUUUAAUCAAAUUAUUAAAUAUAAAAUAUUCAUGUCUGGCGAAAUAUUAAAAUAAUAUUAAUUAAUAAAAAAAACAAGAAAAAUUAAAUGAAUAAUGUGGACCAGCAAAAGGUCAAACUAAGCAAACCAAAUACUAUACGGUGGGACAAACAACAAACAAAUGCAAUGUGUCAUCAAGAAUAAACACAAAGUUAUAAACACGCAAAAUUAGAACAAUUUUAAAAACAAUUAAAUUUUUUAUUAGACAAACUAAAACACAAUACAAGUGAAUAAAAAAUUUAAUGAAAAAUUACUUGAAAUACAAAAUAAUUAAAAGAAAAUUUAAAAUUGUUUAUAAUUUAAAUAUUUUAAAAAAAAUUUUAGAUAAAAAUGAAAAUUAACAAAUAAUAAAAGUAAUAAAAACUAUAACAAACACCCACCAACAGUAAUUACUAAACCAAAUAUAAAAGGGACAAGAAAAAGACUGUAAUAGCAGCAAAAACGUAGCCCACCCAACAACAACAACAAUGGAAAUGAAACCUAGUGAUAAACCAACCACAAGCAAAGCUGCACAAUCGGAAAGAACACAGAGCCCAGCAUCACCAACUUUUUCAAAGACCGUAUCAUCACCGAUUGCUCCCAUGAAUAUGGGCUCUAAAUCACCGUCUACAGCAUCGUCUACCACCAACACCCCUACACUCGGACAAAUUGGCAAACAGGGAUCGAUGAAUUUUCGACACAGUUAUCUUUAUGACAGUGAUGCUGAUGAUCAGACAUUUCUAUUACGCACCCCCUCAAUACGUUCUCAUAAAUUCAUUAUAAUACCAGCCACCUCAACUAUGGUACAAGAUAAAAAAUUUCCAACUGCUAUGUCAACAACAUCAUUGACAUCUCUGCAAAAACUACCCCUACGAUCGCCAACAAAUCAAAAUCUUAGUGAAUUAAUAGCCACACCAUCAACACCAACCCCUUCAACACCAUCACCGAAAGCUUCGAUAAACAAAUUCCGCGCACAACCAACGACAACUACAACAUCUACAUCACCAUCGUUAUUAUCUCGGUCGGAUGUCAUUCAUCAUCAGUUAAAUGUGCCCGAAACGAGAAGAGUAAAACCGACAGCAUCUAAUGUCAACACAAGUGUUAAAUUUACAAUUGAGGAUUAUGAAUCUGAUAACGCCACAGAUGCAACAAUGUCAGCAACAACAGCAGCAGUCUCUACAACAAAUGCCCCAACAACAAUGGCCAAAUCAUCUUCAUCUACACUGGAUGCAUUGUAUUCAUCAAAUAUUCCUGCAAUCACAUCAAUUUAUUCUGCCAGCAGCAACAACAACAGUAAUUUCACACUUCCAUCACAAUCAACAUCAACACAAUUAUUGUUGUCAUCUCCAUCAUCCACCACAUCAGUCUCACCGCCAUCAUCGGCUCUCACUAGAGCCCAACCGUCGUCCAGUGUGCGACCUGUCUCAGCCCUAUUAGUUUCAUCAUCAUCAGCUCAUAAUAAUUUUGCCAGUGGCAUUGCCAGUGCCAACGGUACUCCAUCAUUGGGAAUUGGUUUGCGACCACGUAACGAUCGUAACAGCAGCAUGCGUUCUGUGGUAUCAGCCUAUUUGUCCGAUCCAAAUGAAUUAACAAUCAAUAGUUUUAUUCAACAAGAUGCUGACUCGAGUUCCUAUUUAUAUCGUGAUAGUACAGCUAAUCAAAUAUUUUCAGAUGUAACAUCAGUAAGAUCUUUAGCAUCGAUUGGCAUUGGAUCGACAGAUGGUCGAAAAAUUGUGAUAAAAAGAGUGCCACAAACACCAACGGAGCUUUUGAAUAUUGUUAAUCCACCAACACCACAACUACCCGGCGUCGAUGAUGAUGACGAUGACAGUUUAAUGGAUAUGUCUGAUGAAACAUCUAAUUUAAAACCCAGAAAUCAACAUUGGGGCAAUAAAAUGCAAUUCGUAUUGGCAUGUAUUGGUUACUCAGUGGGUUUGGGCAAUGUUUGGCGUUUUCCUUACAUGUGCUAUAAAAGUGGAGGAGGUGUUUUCUUGGUUCCUUAUUGUAUUAUAUUGAUUAUCUGCAGUAUACCGUUGUUAUUUAUGGAAUUAUCAAUUGGCCAAUAUACAGGCAGAGGGCCCAUUGGUGCUUUAGGGCAGUUGUGUCCACUAUUUAAGGUGGACUAUGGUGGUAUAUACUUCUUUCAACUAAUGGAUCAUUAUGCUGCCUCUGUUACGAUUAUGUUUUUAGCUUUUUGUCAAAUGAUUGCAAUUGCUUGGUUCUAUGGUACAGGAAGACUAUCGAAAAAUGUUAAACAAAUGACAGGCAAGGCACCGUCCUUGUAUUUAAAAUCAUGUUGGAUAUUAUGUGGACCAUGUUUACUAUUUGCUAUUUGGAUAUUAAGUUUAAUUAAUUAUAAAGAGCCCACCUAUCACAAUGGAAAGUAUACCUAUCCUGAUUGGGCCUAUGGUAUCGGCUGGAUGUUUGCCUCUUUCUCUCUAGUCUGUAUACCCUAUUAUGCUAUAAUCAAUUUGUGGAAAGCUCAAGGUAGCAGCUUAACAGAACGUUUCCAAAUUGCUUUGCGUCCAAAUAUUUAUGAGUGUAAAAUUUGUGGAGAACAUCACUGUGAACAUGAUUAUCCCGAACAGGAACAAUAUAUGUUAACACAAGAAUUGGCCGGUGUUUAUAAGGCCACAACACCCAUACAUAAUCAUCCACAAACUACAUUUCCCAUGACUAUGGGACAAAAAGCCGGUUAUAAUCCCAUGCAUUUGCAGCAACAAGAAUCUACAUUACCGAGACAGGAACAUGUCUAUGAGAAACCUACGACCUCAGUGAACAAUACUGUUAAUGGACAACCUACUACAACGUCGACUAGAUGAUUAAUUGAGUCGUAGACUAUUAGGCUUUUAAUUUUAUUGCAUAUUUUGUAGUAUAUUUUUAGGAUGAAUAUUUGAAAAUUAAUUUUUUGUUAAAAUUUUGUUUUUUCCUUGUUUUUGUUGUGCAAAAAUUGUUUGUUGUUUACAAAUUGUUUUAAUUUUUUUCUAGUAUUAUUGAAAUGUAUAUCUUUAAUUGCAAUUGUAGAUUAAAAAGUAUUUAGUAUUAACCAAAGACUUGAAGGAAACGUAUAAAAAUAAAAACUUUCGCAAGCGUAAAAA